CACUGUAUUUUAACUUAAUGACAGUUUAUUUGAACGUUUUGUUCAGUAAAUGUCUUGUUCAGCGUUUGGUUGGACUAACAGACACUCCAAGGAGUCGCUGCUCAGUUUUCUGAGUGCCGAGCACGUGCCCUGUUGCUGCAUCAUCAGCCAGAAGGUGUCACGCCAUCUAUAAGGGUUUCGCUCAGUGUCUGAUGGCUCUGGGCGACAGUCUCACCGACAACGCCCGCAAGGAUGAAGACACACACGAGAUACAUUCAAUCUGCAGGUCGUGGGACGAGUUCCACGACUGUGCUAACGUGGCGAUGGCCGGCUGUCCAGAUGAAGCGGCAGCUGUCUGGGAAUCUCUCCGCCAGGAAUCCAAGAAGAUGCAGUUCUCCGGAAACCUGUACGACAUGUGCUCCAACCGCAACAACCACCCAGUGGCCUCGGUGUCCCCGCACGGCUCGCCCAACCAGGAGGAGAUCAACCAGGAGUCUCUAAGAGGAGGCGCUGAUCAUGCGGCAGGCUGCCUCCAUCUUCUCAUGCUACUUUCUCCUCUGCUGCUGCUGCUGUUGUUUUGGAUAUAGUUACCCCCCCAAAGAAAUGGGACUAGUGUGAAUAGAUAUAAACUUUGUGUAUUUUUUUUUUCUUUCACAAGUCCAUAAACUUUCCACUGUUUUUCUUUUCCUCUGCUCUGCCAGGGGUUGAAUAUUUUAACUGCAUGUUCAGAGGCCCGACAGUCUUUUUGAUAACGUAUCUUUAAACUGCCUGUGCCGUUUCAUGCAUAUUCUCUGCCUUUUAAUUAGUCUCUCUGUUGGAAACACACAGAAUUCAUACAGAGAUGCACAAAAUAUACAAACAGACCUGCAAAAACAUACACAUACAGUACAGAUACAUACAGCAGCCUCAUGCUAUCUGACUUUAUCCCCUAUCCCCCUGCAUAGAGAUUAUGUAGAUAGUAUGCACCUGUAUAUGUUGGUCCCAGGGGAGUUCAUCUUCCUGUGAGUGUAAUUAGAGAUACAUAAUAACACCCUACUUGAUUAACCUGAAAGCUAAGUGAUGAAGUGGCCAGAUGUCAUGUAUCUCAUUCAUUUAUCAGCUUCCUGUAUGAAGCAUUGGAUAAUUAUGUAAAUAUAACAUACCUGGCUCUGGACCUAUACACUGUAAAAAAAGGUUUGUAGAAAUAACAGUAAAACUCUGUCAAAUACAUCAGAAAUAGGGCAUAAAAUGAAAAAUUGUAUGUCACCGUAUUAGACACUUUUAAUUACCGUAAAUCAAAGAAUAUCGCAAAACUUCUGGGAAUGCUUGCAUGCAUAGCUAAAAUGAAGUCAGCCAAUCAAAAACAGACAAUCAGACAGGUUUUGAACAAAGCGUCAAGAUUAGCUGAACUUUAAUUUGUUGAAGAAAACAAAAGUUAUUUAAAAAAUUACCUAAAAUACCCAAAAUGUAUCAUUUUGCAGACCAACUCCAUGGUUCAAAUAUAAUCUGUGUACACUGUAAAAAAUGUUUGUAGAAAUAACAGUAAAACUCUGUCAAAUACAUCAGAAAUAGGGCAUAAAAUGAAAAAUUGUAUAUCACCGUAUUAGACACUUUUAAUUACCGUAAAUCAAAGAAUAGCGCAAAACUUUUACUUUUUUCUGUCAUAAACUGGAAGAAACACACAGGUUUUAGGUAAAAUAUAACAUUUUCAUGCAAAAUUUAUGGAGAAAUACCAUGAUGUGUGAAUGAAUGAGACAAUUACCCUAAAAAUAACAGGAUUAUUCAGACUAAAUUACAGUUUUUGCUGAUAUUUCCAUUUAAAUUUGGAAUAGAAAAUCCACUCACUGUAAUUUUUACGGUGAAGUUCUGGCAACCACAGCUGCCGGUAUUUUACCGUAAAUUAAACAGAUUAUUUUUUACAGUGUACUUCACAGUUUGACUCAAGUGCUGUGCUCUUUACCUUUCCAUCUCUGAACGAUGUCUUUGUUUAAUCACAUGUUUCUGGAAGCGACAACAACGACCAGCAAAUGAUAAAAAAGGGGACAUUUUUAUUUUUUGGUUCAUGGAUUCCUAAGAUGUUUAACCCUUUGAUGCACAACAUAUGGACAACCCUUCUAAUACACAACAUGGGUCAAAAAGGACUCAUUCAUCCAAAUUUGAUUUAAAAUGAAAUUACCUGCUAUAAUAACAGUAAUUUGUUUCAAAUAGUUACUUUCCACACUCAUAUAUUUUGUCACACAUGCAGUGUAUCUGGUAGGUUUUCACAGCACUUUAGUUUUUCCACAUUUUUUCAUGUUUCAGCCUUAUUCCAAAAUGUAUUAAAUUCAUUUUUCCUUAAAGUUAUACACACAAUACCCCAUAAUGAAAUGUUUGACCCAUGUUGUGCAUUAGAAGUGUAGUGAUACAAAAAAGGUUUUCAUUUAAAAACUAAGAAAUGAAAACGAAAAGUGAGGAUGUAUGAUGAUCUAAAACAAGUUGAUUUAGGAAAACCUGGAAUACUGAAUGAUGAAAUUAAUUUAUUGCAAAGAUAUAGAAAAUUAAAAACUCAGUCGGGUCACUUUAGACCCAUGUUGUGCAUCAAAGGGUUAAGGAAA